AUGCAGCAGAUCAGCUAUGACCUGAUCGUGGGGAAUCAUCUCGAAGUGGACCGACUGACAAUUCAGGCGCUCGAGGAAGGCUUCGCAGCAAACACGAUACUAGAUGACGGUCUGAUCGCCGGAAUGGCUAUCGUAGGAAUAAAGUUCAGAGACAACGUCAUAUUUGUGCCUGAGGUGCUCGUCGCUGCGCGCGCAAUGAAAGCCGGCAUGGCCCACGUCGAGCCCAUUCUCUCAGAGUCUGGCAUACAGCCUGUGGGCACAGUAGUCAUGGGUACCGUGAAGGGAGACCUGCACGACAUAGGCAAGAACCUUUGCAUCAUGAUGCUCAGGGGGGCGGGGUUCAUCGUUCACGACCUCGGUGUGGAUACGGCGCCGGACGAGUUCAUAGACGCGGUCGUGGAACACGAGGCCGAGGUACUGGGCAUGUCGGCUCUCCUAACUACGACCAUGCCUAACAUGGGCCGAACGAUCGAUGCGUUCGAGGAGAACGGUCUACGCGACAUCGUAAAAAUCAUGGUCGGAGGCGCUCCGCUCACACAGGAGUUCGCUGAUGACUUCGGAGCCGAUGGCUACGGCAAGGACGCCAUGGAUUGCGUUGAGCUAGCCAAACGCCUAGUGGGACUACAGGAAGCCGAAGAGCCCGUGCCGGUGGUGUCUUGA